CUCCCUCGGAAGGCUCCAUCCGCCUGGUGAACGGUUCAGGGCCUCACGAGGGGCGCGUGGAGAUCCUGCACGGGGGUCGCUGGGGAACCGUCUGCGACGACGGCUGGGACGGACCCGACGGAGCCGUCGUGUGCCGGGCACUGGGAUAUCCCGGAGCAGAGGACGUGUUCCGCAUGGCCCGCUUCGGACAAGGCUCCGGCAGGAUCUGGAUGGACGACGUUUCCUGCACGGGCACCGAGGAUUCCCUGGAAUUCUGCAGCUUCUCGGGAUGGGGACGGACCAACUGCGGGCACGCCGAGGAUGCGGGGGUCAGGUGUAGGGUACCCUGAGCUUUUGGGGU